GUGAAACACCUGAACUACACCCCCCUCAAUGGUUCCUUCUUGCGAUUAAUAGACAGCACUCUGUUCAUUCGGCGCCAAAGUUUCUCCCUCUUAAAAAAAAAAAAAGACAACAAAAAUUAAAGAAGAAAGAAAAAACUUUUUCUUCAAAAGAUUUAUAGGGUUUUGGUUUAUAUCCGAUGUUAAGAUUUUUAGUGUUUUUUCUCUACUAUGUUAUUGUUACAUUCACUCUCAAAAUUUAGGGUUCGGUUUUAAAUUUUUUUUGUACUUUGAAAAAGGAAUCUGAGUUGAUUUCAUGGCUGACUGGCAACAGCUUUUGCAAUCGAUUUUCAUAGGUCUUCUAUUCUCUUACCUUCUCGCUAAGCUGAUCUCCUUAGUCGUUUCUUUCAAAGAAGAUAACCUUUCAAUUACCCGAUCCGGAAUCACCCAUGUCCAAGCUAACAAGAAACUUGAUUCGGGUUCCGGAUCUGACACGCAUGGCCGCACUGAUCACGGGGGACCCCACGAGGCGGAUUCGGUGAUCGCCGAAGUGGGAAGUGUUAGGAGCGAGAGUGACGAUGAUGAUGAGGAUGAUGACGACGAUUGGGAAGGGGUGGAGUCUACCGAGCUGGAUGGCGCGUUUAGUGCGGCGACGACUUUCGUGGCGGCGGCGGCGGCGGAUCGGUUGUCGCAGAAGGUGUCGAAUGAGGUGCAGUUGCAGCUUUACGGUUUGUACAAGAUUGCCACCGAAGGACCUUGCACUGCUCCUCAGCCUUCCGCUUUGAAAAUGACGGCUCGUGCUAAGUGGCAAGCGUGGCACAAAUUGGGUGCUAUGCCUCCAGAAGAAGCAAUGCAGAAAUACAUUGAUAUCGUUUCAGAGCUAUAUCCAACUUGGGCUGCUGGUUCAGCUAUGAGCAAACUUGGGGCGGAUAAUGCUGCAAGAAAAAAUGCCAAGGGACCAAUGGGACCAGUUUUCAGCUCUUUUGUAUACGAAGAGGGAUCUGGAAAUGAGUUGAAAAUGGAUGCUAUUCAUGCUUUUGCUAGAGAAGGAGAACUGGAUAAUUUGCUUAAAUGCAUCGAAAGUGGUGUUUCUGUGCAUUUGCAAGGCUGUUUGCUUAUGAUGCUUGCAGACAGUGAAGGAAGGACCCCGUUGCAUUGGGCUGUAGAUCGUGGCCAUUUUAAAAUUACAGAAGCUCUUGUUAGCAGGAAUGCUGACGUGAAUGCUAAGGACAAUGAAGGCCAAACCCCCUUGCACUAUGCUGUUGUGUGUGAGAGGGAAGACAUUGCUGAAUUUCUUGUGAAGCAAAAUGCAGACAAAGAUAUGAAGGAUGACAAUGGCAACUCUCCAGUUGACCUGUGUGAGUCAGAUUGGCCUUGGUUGCAACGUGCAGGCAAAGCUGACUGACCUACGGUUUAUUCUGAGUUUGCUUUCAGCUAAAGUAGUUGUUGACAAAUUUCUCAUGAAUGUAUAUGGCUAUAAGUAAACCUUCUGUUCUUUUUCCAUAGUUAUAUUGCUAAUGUGGGCCUGGGGCACUAUGUUGUCCAUUACCAUAAUCUCCGUAGUUACUGUUCCCUCUACCUCCAUAAGUAGAUUGAAGAGAAUACAAAGGUGAGUUUCUACUUUCCUUUGUCAUUGCAUCAUGAGUUGAAUGAAUGAAUGCAUUGGAUAGAGGCCUAGCUGGACGUAUCCGGACAACUGGGCAGCUCCAUGAGGUCAAAGUAUCUGUCAAAAUCCUCUCCUCAAUCUCUCCCUGGUGUGAAUGCUAAACAAAUUUAAAACAUUCAGCUUAACAAUAAUUUCUGAAAAUCUGUCUUAAUAAUGGUUUUAGUAGGAAAAAAACCCAGAUCAUCAACCAGAAUUUCGGAACUAAUUCUAUACUAUAAAUGGAGUUACUGCCUUAGAUUACUUGUUCUGCUGAAGUAACUAAAA